CGCCGGCCGCGGUAAAUAAUAAGCUCUCUUGGAACGAUUUGUUCUUGCUCGCGAAAAAAAAGUGUCGAGAAGGGAUAGCUCGCGUGUACAAGUGGUACAAGUCAUUCGGAGGGAAAUGUGAGCGGUAGUUACCAAGUGAGAAUAUCGUGCGUAAACAUCAAUGUGUAAAUACGAACCUCCUCCGAGAAACACGCUACGGUGGAACGAGAGAGUGGUUGGCAGGGAGGAAACUAGAAAAAAGCUCUCGGAAGAUUUCCGGUAAAAAAAAAAGAAAGAGCUCUGCGCGGCUUUCCUACGAAAUCCUGCGCCUCCCAGCGACUGAAUCGAGUAACAUUAUCUCCCAAAUGAAAGAACAAAGUACUGUGCGCCCUCCGGGAGAUAAAGUUUCUCGUUGGAAGGAAGCGAUAAUAAAGCCGAAAUAAAAUUGGGGAUAAAUAAAAAUAAAAUGAAAUUCAAUCUAUCGGUCAACUUAGGUUUGUUACUACACAUUAUUAAUUUUUUAACGUGUUGAUUUGUGGAUUUGUGCGGUCGCGGAACUGACAUCGAAGCCGCGAGAACAGAAAAUGCGAUCGAAGCAUAACUAAUAAAACAUACGUAAAUCCCACACGACUCUUCAGCUUUUUCUCUACCUCCCUCUUCCUCUCUCUCUUUCUAUCGUGUUCUCGGUGGUUUGUGUAGAGGGCUGAAAGUCUGCCCGGUCGUCUAGCACAAUUGUCAGUGUCGGUCAGCCGUCUUGACAAACAGCCAAGGGCUAGUUUGCUAGUUUUGCUUAACGAUAAAAAAGAAAGAGAAUAAAAGUGUCUUGAGAGAAAAAAGAGGAAGUAGAAAGUAAAAAAGAUUGUCCGUUCUCGAGCAAAGUUGGCUCGCUUCGUGUCAAUAUUCAUUCUUUUUCUUUUAUAUAUAUUUUCUGUUUCGACGACGAUGGGGAAAUUUCUAUUAUCGUAACAGCCCGUUGCUCUCCUCCCUCUUUCUCUCCGCGACAUUAGACUGGAUUUAACAGCCCAGCCGCUCAUUCCUCUCUGUGUGUUUUUCACGAAAAACAUUCCAAUAAUUACAGGGUGCAGUCAAGAUUAAUAUUUCCGACGUAUCAAUAUCGCAUUUACAGAUACAAAUGCGGGAGCGAAUAAAAUUAACACCGAGUUUCGAUAAUAAAGGAUGUACAAACAGAACGUCGAGAGAAAAAAUCAUUUCUCGUGUCGUCAAGUGCUCCUCAUCGAGUGUGUGUCGGUCGACUGAGAAACAAAAGAAAAGGGGGUUUAAAAUUGUGACUCAACGUUAGGUUGUCCGAGUGUCAAAAUGAACUUGGGGAAAAAACGAUAGUGCGAACAAAUAAACUGAAAGGCGAUAAGGAGAAAAAAAACGUCGAGUGUUAUCGUGCGUGUGUAUUGUUUUUCUAGUACUCUAAUAAACAAUGAAAUGGCAGCGUUCGUCGUGAUUAUCCAUGAAUAUAACAAUAAAGUGCAAAAUCAAUGGGCGUUCGCGGAUUCCCGAGCUCGAAUAAUCUCGUAACCAUGAGCAGGGAUUGUGGAAAUUCGCGGGAAUACGAAACUGCAUUGAUUACUUGGAGUGAUUUGAGGAAAAUAAUAAAAUCUCGUGAUUUCAAGAGGUGCGAAAGGUCAUCGAGGACGCGGUCGUUGUACAGCGAAAUUCCGAAAGUCUCAUUGAUUAAAAAAGCGACUACCAUGUUUCUUCAUUGAAUCUCCGGGAGGGAAGAAGAAACCCGAGGAGACUGGUGUCCCAGUGACUCGAAAACCUCGUUGUCAACUCUUUCAUUUGUUUUCUAACGAGACUCGACUAUAAUCUUCUCUUCGUCCGUGCGUGUUUUUAAUCCGAUCUUCCCUCUCCCCCUUCCCUCCCUCCCUCCCUCCCCCCCGCCCCGCCGGCUUUGUCCCGAAGCGAAGAUGACAAACAGGUGCAAACCCGGUUGACACAUUCGAUCGACAAAUUCCCCUUCGAUUUUGACAAUAUUUUUUUUUCCUUUUUAUUUUUUUCGUCGUUAUACAUUUCGGAUAUUUUUUCGCGCUCGAUCGAAUAGCGAGAGGAAUCGAGGAAUCAUCGAGGCGAGCGAACCAAGGUACAAUCGGAUCGAGGAGGAAAGAUGCGUCGGUCCGAGUCGUCGGAUCAAGACUCGGGGCGCGCGAGUCCCCGAGCUCCGAGUCUCGCGUGACAUUCGACCCCUCGCGGCACGAAGGAUCAAACGAGCAUAAACGGCAAGAGAAGAAGAAGAAGAAGAAGAAGGAGGAGGAGGAGGAGGAGGAGGAAGAGAGGGGAGGAAAGAUCGGAGAAUCGUUGGAGGGUGUCGGGGCCGAGGUGGAAAAGAUUGGUGGAGAUUGAUGUUACGGUGUAAAAGGCGUGAAGAGUAGCAUGACGGUGAUGCUGCUGCAACGUUUCGCAAGCCCUCACACGAAUCAAAGCCCGAAGGGAAACGAGGACACGGCAACAUCGGCACUGUCGUCGACGGUUGGCUCGGGAACAUUCGCGCAAUCGACAUCGCCGUCCGUAACGUCCCUGUCUACCCCGUCACCCACCCCGUUGCCCUUUCUCUUUCUCCUCGAGAGUCAGGAGUCCUGGGAAGAGGAUCAGGAGGACGUCCCGAGUAUAAACAGCGACAACUGCACCUUGCCGAACGAGUCGUGCCCGAGCAGCGUCGACUAUCCGAGUCGCGUUUACACGCGGUUCACCGUAUUACCGGCACCGGGAGCCUCCGAAUCGUUGAUAAUAAACGAGAGUCGCCUCAGCGGCGGCGGCGGCGGCGGCGGCGGGGGAACGAGCGCAACGCGGACGAACCACCGCGAGAACAAGGAUUUCGAGAACGAAAACGUAAACAAUAAUUUUACAUUGAGAAACAACAACAACAACAACCACAACAACCACAACAACAACAACAACAACAACAAUAACGAAAACAACAACAACAACAAUAAUAAUCGUAGAAAUAGCAGGAACGCUUAUCGAGGCAACAGCGGGACGAACAGCGUGAUAAUAUUGAGGGAGCUCGAGGAGUACGCGAGAGGAGGAGGAGGAGGAGGAGAAAAGUUGGGCUGUCAAUUGGUCCAGGAUAAAAGCGGUAUACAGGGUUGGAUCGCGGGCGGCGAGGCUCCCGGUUCGGGUGCAGGAGCUCCCGGUACUCUGGGAGGAGUGCGAGAUUGCAGCGUCGGUAUCGCAGCAGCCGGUAGCGGAAGCGUAACAGGCGGGGCGAACGGGGGCGGCGGUGGCGUCUGCGGAAGCGGAUCGGGCUCGGGUCGAUUGGGCGGACAAUUGGGAGGACAAGGAUUGACCUCGGACAGUUCAACUUUCCCGGCGGAUUCGCGAAUCGGCGGGGGCGCCGGGGCCGUCGCCGCUUGCACCGCGGCUACGGCUGCUUCGAACGCGUCAACCUGUGGACCCGUCGCCGGUCUCACGCGUCUCGACAGUCAGGGUGUCGCGAUGCGAUAUUACCGACUGUGGAUAUACGCGUGUAACAUUGUUCUUCUCGGCAGUGCUGUCGGUUUCGCCGCGGCGGUCUCCCGCACCUUGGUCUUCACCGGUGACCCGAGGCGUUACCUCGUCCCCGGGGUCCCGCGGGCCCUCGAUCCGACCGCCCUCUACGGCUAUCUGGCCCUCGCUACCCAACUCGGACUGGUCCAGCUCCUCGGCUGCAUCGCCGCGAGGAGGCUCAGCGCCAAGCUCCUCAACGCCUAUUGGAUGCUCCUGCUCGCCCUGCUCUUCGGCGAUGCGGUCAUAGGCGUAGCUUGGGUAUUCAGGUUCGGGAGAAUGAGGGCCGAGCUACGGCCGAGCUUGCGGCUUCGCCUCCAGCUCGAGUACGGCAAGGACAACCGCUUCAGCGAACACUGGGAUCGUUUGCAGCGCGAUUUUUCAUGCUGCGGCAUCGCCGGCCACGAGGACUUCGAGGCAACCAACUUCGAGAGCCUUCCCCCAACCUGCUGUCCCCCCGGGAGCCUCGUCGCGAGCAACAACUCGAGCGACACCUGCCAACAGCCCUAUCCGAGAGGAUGCGAGGACAGCCUCGUCGACUGGCUACGCAAAACUACCGAUCUUCUCUUCGUACUCGGCAUUUGCGUUAUCGCAUUCGCCAAACUGUGCUUUCUCGGUAUACUCAGAUACGAGAUCCGAGAAAUGAUUCAGAAGAUACGACUCCUCAGGGAACCUCCCCUCCCACCCCCAUCCGCCAUCCUGGGUGGCUCCUCCUCGAUUCUGUGCACCUCUCCUCCCUUCGUACAGUCUUUCUCGCAACUCGGCGUCUCGCCGGUCGUCGAUUCUAUCCUCACCACCGCCACUACCAACACUCACAUCAGCAACAACAACAACAACAACAACAACAACCACAACAACCACAACAACAACAACAACAACAACAAUGCGGGAAUCGGCGCUGGUCCGCGCAGAACGACCCUCCCCGUCGCCGUCCUACCCUCCGGAAAUUCUUCGAUUCUUCAACACUCGGACGAUUACAGCGGAGUUCGACACCCGCUAUUGUCGAGUAAUUUACAGGACGGUGGAGCGGACAGCGACACGAACAGUCAUUGCGCGUUGAUACUGGAGGAGACGACACCACCAUCGAUAAGCGGCGGUUGUACAGCGAACGCGAGACCGGACAAGAGUAACGGCAACAACAAUUACGAGAUGCGUGAAUUUAACCGAAGAUUGUUAAUCUCGAACGGGGGCACACCGGGCAACUUGAAUGCCGGAGCUCGUAAUCGACGCACCUGACUAUGGAAGUGGUGGCGACGUACGUCAAAUCGUUUUCUCUAUAGAACCAACGGGCCCGCUGAACUUACGCUCUACACCAAGUAAUGUCGAAAAAUACCCGUUUUCCUAUGAAAAAGAAGAGCUAAUUUUCUCUUCGUGUUCCUCAAUUAUUCUCGCGCCCUCUCGGAUUUCCUUCAACGUCAGUUGCGAAUAGCAUCUUGAGAAAAUUCGGUUAAUCGACUCUGGGGCACAUUCGGACAGCAAAUUUUCUUAGAUUCUCUGUAGAACGUAAUUUCUAAACGAUGUGAAAAAUCACGACUCUUCGGUAUGGGCGUAUCGAGCCAAAAAUAGUCGAAAGUCCGUGUCACCCCCUCGAUUUUCCAUUAAUUCGUUCACCGUUGAAACGACAACUCUUCUUGUUCCCGCUGGCGAUUCGCCGAAACGAUUUGAAAUAUGGGUUUCCCUACCACUUCCGGUCCCUGCAACACGAUACGGUCUCGAUAUUGGAUCGACUAGUAUCGCUACUGCCAGCAAGGCGUACGUCAAUAAAAUUCUGCCGCCACCAAGCUCCGUGCGUAAACAAAAAAGAAAAUUAAAAAUCUUGCGAGACAGAGAGUGGGAGGGGGGGGGGGGGGGAGCAGGGCAGGAAAGAAAGACAGUCAUGAUGCAUGAGAGAAAAGGGGGGAAACACACACACACACACGCGCGCGCAAACGCGUCUGAACACAUGUACUUGGUGUACGUAUAUGUAUUAGAAUGUACUCGCGAAAUCGCGCAAACAAUGUACAUAUAUAGAGAAAGAAAUCUGCUGAAAAAUUUGAACGGCAGAAUCGGCGCGGACUCCUGUGACGAGGGACUUCAACGGAGGCGUAAAUUUGACGCUGUGCUCGAACGAGAUUUACAAAUGUUAACACUGGCUUCCUAUCUAGAAUUAGAUGCGCGUCAAAGUUGAGGUAUUAGAGGAAAGAGGAAUGGACGAGGAGCAGAGUACGGGAUAAGAUGGGAAGUUUUGAAAAGAGUAAAAACAAACAAACAAAAAUGGGAAAAUGAAGACAAACAAAACAUUCAGACUGUACAUAACGACAACGUGUAGGGUCGUUCGCCGACGUACCGUAGAUAGUCAUUUAAUCGAGUACCUGUCCUUUUGCAUUAGCAUUGUACCUAGACGAGGCAAAACUUCAAUAAUAUUAAACAAGAAACGAGAACAACUCGCGAUCGACAGCUUACUAAAAAAUAAGAAAAUUAAAAUAACGAAAAGAAAAAAAUAACAAAUAACGUAAUUGAAUUGAUGUAAUAUGUGACGAGAAAGUCCAAAAAUACUGCGUCUAUGUAUACACGGAGACAUAUUUAAACAUAUUAUGAAUAAAAUAUAAAAAAAUAAAAUGGAAACAGGAAGAAAAGUGCAGAAGUAAACCACGGACCAUCGAAUAGAAAAUAAUAAAAAACAAUUCGCUCGGCGCGCACAUUCGACACUUUUCGUUUCUAAUGCUUUUUGAAAAAUCUAUCAAAACUGUACGAGAAGUGAGGAAACGAGGAGUCGUCAAUGUGCAAAAGCAAAAAACCCGGCAGAAGGAAGGAAGGAGGCACGAGAAAAUCAAUACGAAACAAAAAAAGAAGUCUGUUGCAUGCUUUGAACUCGUAACCAUGGAAUUUACACGUAUUCAUUAUGGACAGUAAACCGAACCAUUUCGUGCGAACGAUUAUUGAUGGGAAAAGAAACGUUUGAAUGCCCACCGUGCUUAAAAAAAAGCCGCGUUUUUUCGGAGCAUCAAUAAUAUCCCACGAAUUGGCGACGCGUAGCUUAACGAAAGCUCACACACCUCGCUAAAGGCGGCGUAUAUUAAAAACGGAGAGUGGUGCGAGAAAAAAACGGUGAGAGAGAGAGAGAGA